CUGAGUUAGAAAAGGCCGAUUAGAUGAAAGGUACAGAUCAAUAAGAUAUGCAUACUCGUUAAUGUGUACAGUGCAACUACUUUUGCGGGAUUAUCUUUAGAAACUACAGCCGACAGUAAACAGUCAGUGUGCUUUUGAAGAUGUCAAGAGCAGGGCGACCGGGGCCUUUUUUGGAAAGUAACAAGCGCCGGCGUCCUACAGUAUUUAGCGAGAAUAGUCUACCGACUAUUAAUGAAGUUUCCAGGACGCCAACGCCAUCCAAGGAUGCUGUCACGCACAAAGGUUCAGCGGCAGAUUCAAAAACGUCACCAAAGACCACUGCCAUCAAGGAUCGAUUAAUAAAAUCCGUUACAGCGUUUAAAGUAAACAAACGCCAAACAGGUGCGAAUAAAAUAAAUGGGAAAACCUCAUCCAAGCGUCAAAAAGAUGUUUUGACCCAGCCCGUGCGCAGGGGAUCACUUCCGGAGAUACUACCGUCGUCUUCGUACAAUCCCUUUCGGCGACCUGGCGAUCUGCGCCGUAGUUCCGUAACAGGAACGUUACAAUUAAGUGGAUUGAAAGAUAAACAAAAGACAAAGAAAUUAGUUGAUUUAUCAAUAUCUGAAAAAUACGAAAAAGGUCAGCUUAAUAGGAGAGCUUCGAUUGCGGCUAUUAGUUUGGCCCGCCGGACAUCUUUUGGAACGAUUGGAAGUAAAAUAACAGCAAUGCUGAAGACGAAAAAUGCCUUUACGAAGCUCAAGAUUCGAGCAAUGGAUAGAAAUAAAGAAGGCGACAUUGAUGAUGACUCCUUUGAGAUUAAAGAACUUCCUGAAAAGCCUAGGUUUGCCUCAACGCUGUCGGUGGAGGCACAAUACGCCAUGAUGAAGGGCUAUGAGGACGUCGUUUACUCUAACAUUUGUUCGCAAUAUCCGGAGUAUCGCCCCGUCCUUCGGCGAAACAAGACUCCACAUACGGGUAUAAAGGUGAAAAUUCAAGACUACCCGGGUGAUGAAAAUCCAAUAAACGAAGAUAAAAACAAAGAUAUGUCAAAUCUAGAUUAUUAUGACGGAUCUACACAGAAGGUAGAUACACCAGCUUAUACGUCGACGCCAACGGAUGUUUCUAGGCCUGCAUACCUAACCUCACCGCGUAUGAGUGAGCGCAACGCCAGCCUGCGGUCACCACAGUCCAAGAAAAGAAAUGCUGUAUCCAGCGCUCAUGACCAUCCUGCGAGGGUGAUGACCUACAGAUACCAGAGUGCUAUGGACAUUUUGGACACGCUCAGGGAGCGGCAAGGCCUUUACCGGCUCUCCCCACGCAAAACAAGUACCACCAUAGUUUCACCCGUCAAGGAGUAUAACUCGUGGAGUAACGUUUGGAGUCACGAGUUUGAGCACGAUAAGAGUUCAAACAGCGUGGCGAAAGUUUAACACCUUUUUUUAGGAUGAUACAUGCUUAUUUUUGUGCAAAUGUUUUAAUAAGCCAUAUCUUGUCACAUACUGUUCAAAUUAUUGUUUUCAUUAUCUUCUGAACAAUUUAAAGCUGAACGUACCGACAUACAAUCGUGGUACACUUUUUGUAAAAUUCAGUUUUCCACUUUCUGUACCCGCCUGUAAUUACAUUUUGUACAUGUAAUGUAAAAAUGUGAUGAAAAUAAAGAUGAUUUUUAGUAUUAAAUAUUUAA